AUGUCAGCAAUACCCCUAAGACCCGCCGCAGCAUCCAUCUCAUCGGUGCUGGGGAAAAUACCCCAGGAGGCAAUACUUAUCCUCGUGUCUUCUCACUUGGAUUGGCGAGAUUGUGUCGUGCUCACAUUGACGUGCAAAGACUUACGCCAAAGCGUGCUGGACUACCACAAGCUCUACCUAAGCUAUUGGCGUGAUCUUCAGGAACGCAGAAUUCUAAUCUACUGGAAGUUCCUUUGGCAGUCGGCCAACCGCCUCCCAGGUUUUGUCUGCACGGCCUGUUGCAGAUUCCACACACAGCAAUCUAUCGACGCCGCCGACCAGCUUGCCAUCAACGCUGUCAUGGUCAGAGAUGGCGACCAAGCAGUCAUGGGAGAUGUCGUAAAUGACCCUUGCUCCGACUUCCAGCAUGCAAAAGACCUCAUACUCCACGGCUUCAAACAGUCGCCGCGUUCCCUCCCCAUCGAAGACCUGAAUCGCUCGAGCAAGUGGGAAUACACCGAGCUUGGACAUGCCACCAUGCCUUCCGUUCGCGUCCGCGCAUACAUCAAGUCAGACACCAACGCUGUCGUCGACCUCGGACAUCUUAUCCUCCACAGGACGCGAAGGAUGUGGGUUCCGCAGCACGCUGUUACGGACUCUUUUUCCAACGGCAGUCUCCGCUUCAGAUUCAAGCAUCAUUUCAGGCCAUGUGCUCAUGUUGCCGAUUUAUCAACCUUCUACUCGCGGCCUGCUCUGGAGUAUCCAUCCGAAACCACAGGAGUGUCUUCGGGACAGAGAGAAGGAAAGCACUGGGCGCAAUUCGGCCACACGUGGUGGAUUCAAGGCAAAUGCCCUGAGUGCGCCACCAACUACGGCUUCACUAUGCACAGUCAUGGGAAAUCAGGAGUCGAGAUUGUCUUCGAUACCUACCAGGACCUCGGACGCCCCUCCGACCGAGCAGCUCACGGUGGGGUGGAAUGCCGCCACAGAUAUCGCGGCACCGACUGGGUAUAUUGGUACUACAGAGUCCCCAGGAGAUACGACGUACUCCCUUUGAUACUUCACCGCUCGUUUCGGACUGACAUGGGAGAGCCCGCCAACUGGCACCCAUCAGCGCCAAAAGAGGAUGACUUGCGGAGAUUUGAUCUCUGUGUCCAGCGGUAG